AAAAUGGCGAUCUUCCUAGCAGUCGUUUUGGCAUUACUGCUGGUUUUUAUCACAACAUAUCUCUAUAAUUUUCGGAAAUUAAAGAAAGCCAUUGAUCAGUUUGGUGGUCCCCCAGCUCUUCCUAUCAUUGGCAAUGCUCACAUGUUCGAACCGAAAGGGUCAGAUUUUUAUGCACAACUAAUGCAGUUCAUUGAAGAAAACAAGGAAUCAGGCAUCUUCCGUAUCUGGCUUGGUCCAGUACCUGUCCUUGUGGUGACUAACCCUGAGAUUGUCGAGAUUAUAUUAUCAAGUUCCAAGCAUCUUGAUAAGUCUUAUGUCUACAAAUUUCUCCAUCCUUGGCUUGCAACAGGACUUUUGACAAGUACUGGUGACAAAUGGCGAAUGCGCAGGAAGCUGCUGACUCCAACAUUCCACUUCAAGAUUUUGGAUGAUUUCAUGACUGUGUUCAAUGAACAAACAGACAUCUUCACUAACAUUCUCAGGGAGAAGAUUUCCAAUGAUAAAGCAUUUGAUAUCUUUCCAUACAUUACGCAUUGUGCCCUGGACAUCAUAUGUGAAACUGCGAUGGGAAAGAAAAUCUAUGCACAGAAUGAUUGUGAUUCAGAAUAUGUCAGAGCCCUUUUCAAACUGAGCACCCAGAUUCAGCGGAGACAGAAGAGUCCAUGGCUCUGGGCGGACUGGGCCUACUUCAUGACAAGCGAUGGCAAAGACCAAAAGAGUUGCCUGAAAACACUGCAUGACUUUACUGACUCGGUCAUUAAAGAGAGAAGGAAAGCCUUGAACGAAAGUUUAGGUGAUACAGACAUCACAGGUACAGAGCCUGCAGAAUGGGACAAGGACCGCCUCGGACUCGGCAAGAAGAAAUUGGCUUUCCUCGACAUGUUGCUGUAUGCGUCUGCUGAUGGGAAGAGGCUGACUGAUGAAGAUAUCAGGGAAGAAGUGGACACAUUUAUGUUUGAGGGUCACGACACAACAGCUGCAGCCAUAUCAUGGGCUGUAUACAGCAUCGGUCGUUAUCAAGACAUUCAGAAGAAAAUCCACGAGGAGAUGGAUGAAAUAUUUGGUGACAGUGACCGACCUAUCACCCAUGAUGACCUGCGAAGCAUGAAGUAUUUGGAGCGUGUCCUCAAGGAAUCUUUGCGUUUGUUUCCUUCAGUACCAAUUUUUGGUAGGGUACUUUCAGAGGAUACGAAAAUUGGUGGUGUGAUCGUCCCGAAAGGAGCCCAGGCAGUCAUCGUUCCCCCGGGUGUGCACCGCAAUGAGAAGUAUUACCCAGAUCCAGAGGUAUUUGAUCCAGAUCGCUUCCUGCCUGAGAAAUGUGCGGGGCGUCAUCCCUACGCCUAUGUACCAUUCUCUGCUGGGCCAAGAAAUUGUAUUGGUCAGAAAUUUGCUCAAAUGGAGGAGAAGAUAUUUGUUGCGUCGUUGAUGAGGAACUUCUAUGUUGAAUCCAUUCAUGAGCUUGAGGAUAUGUUGCCGUGCGGAGAGCUCGUCUUACGCCCUGAGAGAGGAGUCUGGGUCAAAUUAACACCAAGGGCAAAUAACAUUGAACAAUAGACUAUUUGACUUAAAAGUCCCGUACCAUCUGCUUUGUAAAAGUGAUCCAGUAAGUAAGGUAAAGUGGUACAAUUUAGCCCCAGUACAAUAAUAUUAUACCCUCUGUGUAUUAAUGUGUACUGCUGACUGUUUCGUAAACUGUAUGGGCAAUAAUUGUACCACUUCACCUUACUUUAAUGCUUACUGCAUGUACUCCUAUUAUGCUUCACUUUGGGACAUGCACAUGUUUAUGUAACUUACAUAUUUUAUUGGUCACAUCAGUCCUGGGCCUACAGGUUUUUGUAACUGUUAUUAUCCACAAGGAAGUGACACUGUGAUAGAUUUUUGAGUAUUAUGUCUUUGUGAAGUCAAGAAUGCAUAAAAUAUUGAGUGUCUUUAUUUAUUUUUGGUAAUAUCAAGAAUUUAAAUAGGUGCUUAUCAUUUAGUCUUUGAAAAUGUUCAUCUGGUUGUGAAAUAUAUACUGAUAACUGAUAUAAAGUUAAUUUUCACACAAUAAAAUAAAAUAAUCACCUCUACGUUUCAAAUGGUGUCACAUUUUUUCACCUAAAAUGUGAACACAAUUUGAAACGAAAAGUGAUUCAUUUGAUUAUGUGAAAAUUAACCUAGCGGUUAUCAUUUUUACCAGUCCCUUUUGGGAUGUUCCAAAAAGUUGCUAUUGGCGUUUUACUUCUACUUAUGUAUGAUGAUUGCUACUGUUGAAUUGGUAGACUUUACACAAUUUUAUGUAAGAGAGUGAAUAUAUGAAUA